GUUUAAUUGACGUCACGGUCAUUGACAGCGUGGGGCAGCGGCGGUUCUGCUGCCAUGGUGGCCGGCGGCUGGGUAAGGGUCGGCGUUGACCUGCUGCCGGGCAAGGGCAGCUUCGGGGUCCGGGCGUGAGGAACGAGGACUCUGCAGCCGGGACGGCGAGUUUGUUGUCUGCAGCUUGGUGCAUCAUGUCUAGAUUGGGGGCCCUGGGCGGCGCCCGCGCUGGGCUGGGGCUGCUGCUGGGCACCGCUGCCGGCCUGGGGUUCCUGUGCGUGCUCUACAGCCAGCGAUGGAGACGGACCCAGCGCCGUGACCGCAGCCAGAGCCUGCCUGGUUUCUUGGACUACGAGCAGACUUCAGGGCCCGGACGCCAGGUGACGCUGUUUCGGGUCCCAGGCGAGGCAGGAGAUGCGGCGGUGCUGUCCAGCCUCCCGCAGGCAGGGCAGGAGAAGGUGCUGGACCGCCUGGACUUCGUGCUGAGCAGUCUUGUGGCUCUGCGGCGGGAGGUGGAGGAGCUGAGGAACAGCCUGCAGGGACUUGCUGGGGAGAUCGUGGGGGAGGUGCGAUCCCACUUGGAAGAGAGCCAGCGAGUGGCUCGGCGGCGAAGGUUCCCGUUUGCCCGGGAGAGGAGCGACUCCGCCGGCUCCAGCUCUGUCUACUUCACCGCCUCGUCCGGAGCCGCGUUCACAGACGCCGAGAGUGAAGGCGGUUACACCACAGCCAAUGCCGAGUCGGACUAUGAGCGGGACUCUGAAAAGGACAGCGAGGAUGGGGAGGAUGACGUGAGCUGUGAGACUGUGAAGAUGGGGAGAAAGGACUCUCUCGACCUGGAGGUGGAGGCAGCUUCGGACCCAGCGUCUGGUGCCUCGGAGGACGCGGACGCGGACGAGGGCGAGCUGCCCCUCCUGCGCCAGGCUGAUGAGCUACACCAGGGCAGAGAGCAGAGCAAGCGGGAGGGCUUCCAGUUGCUGCUCAACAACAAGCUGGCGUAUGGAAGUCGGCAGGACUUUCUCUGGCGCCUGGCGCGGGCCUACAGUGACAUGUUCGAGCUCACAGAGGAGACCAGCGAGAAGAAGUCCUAUGCACUCAACGGAAAAGAGGAAGCGGAGGCUGCUCUGGAGAAGGGGGAUGAGAGUGCCGAAUGUCACCAGUGGUAUGCAGUGCUUUGUGGUCAAGUGGCUGAGUGUGAGGGCAUCCAGAAGCGCAUCCAGAGUGGCUUUAGCUUCAAGGAACACGUAGACAAAGCCAUUGCUCUCCAGCCAGAAAACCCUAUGGCUCACUUUCUUCUUGGCAGGUGGUGCUACCAGGUCUCUCACCUGGGCUGGCUAGAAAAAAAAACGGCUGCAGCUUUGUUUGAAAACCCUCUCAGUGCUACUGUGCAGGAUGCGCUCCAGAGCUUCCUAAAGGCUGAAGAACUACAGCCAGGGUUUUCCAAAGCAGGAAGGGUGUACAUUUCCAAGUGCUAUAGAGAACUUGGAAAAAACUCUGAAGCUAGAAGGUGGAUGAAAUUGGCCCUGGAGCUGCCAGAUGUCACUAAAGAGGAUUCAUCAUUCCAGAAAGACUUGGAAGAAUUGCAAGUAGUUUUAGGGGAAUAAUCACAUUUCAAUGGCCUUCGAGUCUUGAGGGAGACCAUUUAGACCCUGCUUUGAUCAGGAAACCGAGCAACACGGGCAAGGGCUUAGAGUUGCCCUGACUACCCACUACCAUUCCUCAACAUCUUGUGUAUUAUCUCUCUUAAUUUAUUCUAAUCUGUUACCUAAUCUCAAUUUGGGGAAGUACUUGUAGCUGAGGCUUCCAUUGUUCUUCCUCUUCAGGAAAUUAUUGGAAAACCAAGGCUUAGUCUGGCAGUUGCUUUGGGAUUAAGGAUAGGUGAAGUCUUGAAGGCUGCUGGGAGGAUAAGGUCACGCAUGGCACUGCCCUCCAGCGGCUGGUGAGGUGGGUUGAAAUUCAAAGAGCCACAGAACCUGUCAUUCUAAUCUUUUUCACUGAUUGAAUAUCUGACCUAUAUCUAGCCCUAAGAGCACACCCUACCUAUCAGGACACAGGAGCGGGUCAGAGAAGCCCAUUUAUCUCCUGUCAUUUGGAUUCUACCUGUACUCCUGGGCUGAGCGAGGGGCUGGACCAGUUGACUCCCAGUAUUCUGGCAGCUUUUGGAAUGACAGCAGUGGCGUAGAGUUUAUGAUAAUGUGAAACAAUGGUCUGAAGAGUUGCCUGGAAUAUAUUUUGGUACACGACUGAAAUAAAAUGAAUUUAAUUAAGAACAA